AUGCCAUUUCCUGUAAAUCGAUCAAAAUAUAUAUUUAAAUCUUCGAAAUGCAAAAUUUUAAAUCUAAACCCGUUUGACAUAUCGAUUAUUAAAUUCGUCCAGAAGAGCGAGCGGUCUGUGUGCGCGGUCCACCCUCCAUUGACUACAGUCACCUUUAAUUCCUCCACUGAAAAGCACGUCCUGGAAGUGAAUAAAUCUGCCAUUCAAUACUACACAAAUUCAUCUCGUAUUCAGUGUUGUGUAAAGAGGUUGAAAGAAGACAUUUUGAGACUUUUCUUCAGUCCCUGUCGACUGUUCCAUAACGUUUUUGAGAUGGAUUCAGAAAGCCAGUUCAUUUUUGUUUUUUGUCUCGACGAUAAUAAAACGAUUGUAUACCAAAACAUGCACGCAGGGGUGGUAAAGGUAGAUAGGUUUACUGAAGAUAGAAAGAGGGAUCCGAACAGUUUAAAUGUCAUAUUAUUAGGAAUAGAUUCGAUGUCCAGGUUAAAUUUUUACCGAACUAUGCCAAAAACAGUAUCCUACCUUCAUACUCAUGGCUGGGUCGAAAUGAAAGGGUACAACAAAGUCGCUGAUAAUACAUUGCCUAACAUGAUGGCUUUUCUGUCAGGUCUCCCAUUAAAUAUCUUAAGAAGAUCACAAACACUCGAUUUCGACAACAUGCCUUUCAUCUGGAAAGAGUUCUCCAAAGCUGGGUAUGUGACAGCCUACGCAGAGGAUCAACCCUUGGUGUCUACGUUCCAUUGUCACCUCAACGGCUUCAAGCGCCUCCCCACUGAUCACUACUUUAGAGACUACAUAUACGUUGGCGAGAUGUUGCUCAUGGGCAGAGGAAGGCCUCCAGGCUGCAUUGGAUACAAACUGGCUUCUGAACACCUGUUUGACUACUUGGUAGACUUUGUAACAGUUUACAAAAAAGAUCCAUUUUUCGGGUUGUUUUGGUUGAAUCAAAUUAGCCACAACGACUUAAACCGCGCGUCCGGAGAGGACGACACUGUGUUACAGCUGAUGUCUAGGUUGGUGGAGACAGGAGUGAUGAACACGACAAUGGUCGCACUGCUCAGCGACCACGGGUUGAGAGUGGGGGACUUCAGGAGAAGUAUUCACGGUUGGUACGAAGACCGCUUGCCAUUACUAUUCAUCUCUGUACCAGAAUGGUACAAAACUCAAAACGAAGUUCAUUUUUCCAGCUUGCUGUUAAACUCCGGCAGGUUGACAUCGCCCUACGACCUGUACCUGACUAUGAAGUACGUGUUGUAUGGCAGGAGGUCCACAGUCGCCGCUGGCUGCAAGUCAUGUUUUAGUCUGUUUUCCCCGGUACCAGCCGACAGGUCCUGCGCUGAGGCAGGCAUCUCCUCCCACUGGUGCACGUGUUUCCCAACAUUCGAUGUUCCACACGACCCGUCCUUGGCUCUCAGUGUCGUAGACGCUAUCAACGGAAAAUUGACUCUCGAUCCAGAUAUAAACCCUCUUUUCCGAUGUGCUGAGCUUAAGCUAAAGAAAGUAAUGUACGUCAGAAGAAAAUGUGGACUAAUCUUUAGAGAACUUGUAGUCGGAGUUGCAACUGAGCCUGGCGGAGCUGAGUUUGAGGCUACAGUGACUGAGAUGGACAGUGGCGUGACGGUUGAGGACUCAAUCAGUAGACUGAACAGCUACGGCAACGAGAGCAGCUGCGCGUACAACCCCACGACAAAACUGUUCUGUCACUGUCAGUCUAGACACCCAGAAACCGUGAAAUCAGAUACUGUCAACCUAGAGACCCAUACACUGUGAGCCUAGACACCCAUAAUGUGUGAACCCAGACACUUAGAUAAUGGGAAUCCAAAUAAUGUGAACCUAGACAACCAGAAACUGUGAACCCACAAGUGAGCGAUAGAUAGAUAGAGAUAGAUUGUUGUUGUUGUGUGUGAUAGAUUGUUGAGUGUGC